CUUUCUUUUCUUUUUUCUUUAUUUUUUCACAUUAAAAGAAAAAAAAAGCCCUCCCUCCUUUCUGCUUCUCUCUUUGCUUGUAAUUUUGGUUUCUUAGAAGAUUCAGUUGCAAAAAAAUAGAAGAUAAAUUGCAGCGUGGGGUAUUUCAGGAUAGAACAAAGGCAAAGGGAUCUUUUGGGAAAUUACCAUGGACCGAUCUGAGCAAACUGAACAACAGCAGCAGCAGCAACAGCCUGUGAUGGGAGUUGUAGCCGGUACUGGACCAAUGGGUUAUUCUACUGGUCCUUAUCAAGCUGCUCCUGUGGCUGCUUCCGGCACUCCAGCAACGGCGGUCCCUUCACCAACUCAGCCUCAGGCUACUUUCUCUGGUUCUCCGCACCAACUUGCCUACCAACAAGCUCAACAAUUCCACCACCAACAGCAACAGCAACAACACCAACAGCUUCAAAUGUUUUGGGCCAACCAAAUGCAAGAAAUUGAGCAUGCAUCGGACUUCAAGAACCACAGUCUCCCGCUCGCACGGAUCAAAAAAAUAAUGAAAGCAGACGAAGAUGUGCGAAUGAUAUCGGCGGAAGCUCCUGUUAUUUUUGCGAAAGCUUGUGAAAUCUUUGUCUUGGAACUGACCUUACGUUCUUGGAUCCAUACAGAAGAGAACAAAAGGAGGACGCUACAAAAGAACGACAUCGCAGCUGCCAUUUCACGGACUGAUGUCUUUGAUUUCUUAGUUGAUAUUAUCCCGAGGGACGAGUUAAAAGAGGAGGGACUCGGGGUCACCAAGGCCACCAUUCCUUUUGUUGGUUCACCUACCGAUAUGCCAUACUAUUAUGUCCCGCAACAUCCAGUGGGGCAUGCAGGGAUGACAAUGGGAAAGCCGGUUGAUCAAGCUGCAUUGUAUCCCGGCCAACAGCCUCGACCGCCUGUGGCUUUCGUUCCAUGGCCCCAUGGUCAGCCACAGCCACCGCAGCCGCAGCAAUCUGAACAGCAGCAAAGUGAUUCUUGAUUGAGAAGGGAUGAGCCCCAAGACAUGGUAAUGUCUGACACUUCUAAUGGUUGGAAAUUGAAUUUAGCACUGGUUUGUUUGUAGUUAGGUUGUCGUUGUAGGUUUAUGGAGGAGCUGGACUCCGAGUUUAGGCUUUUUAUGAAUGAUAGAAGAUCUCGAAGUAGCUAUGUUUAUGUUUUUAACGGAGGAGCGAUUAGUAUUAAAUAAUAGAUUCUACAACUAAAGCUGAAUACAUUUCUCUGUUAAAUUUAAAUAUGUUUAUUGUUCGUAUUAAA